UUGUUUUGAUUUCGUUUCUCGUUGAUUUGGUGUUCCGAUGUUGCUCCGGAGAUGUGUCCUGUUUCCGUUUCCCGCCGUGCGGCUGGUGCGUCGGCAGCUGCACCGCCGGCAUGAGCACAUCGUGCUGCAUCCGGAGGUGCGGCAGGCGCUGCAGCUCCAGCAGCCGGUGGUGGCCCUGGAGUCCACGAUCAUCACCCACGGAAUGCCGAUGCCGGAGAACGUGCUCACGGCGCUGGCGGUGGAGGAGCAGGUGCGCGAGCAGGGAGCCAUCCCGGCCACCAUUGGCAUCCUGGACGGGCGCAUCAAGGUGGGCCUGACGCGCGAGGAGCUCACCACGCUGGCCAAGAAGCCGCGCGACCAGGUGAUCAAGUGCUCCCGCCGGGAUCUGCCCUUCGUGGUGUCCCGUCGGCAGAGCGGUGGCACCACGGUGGCCGCCACCAUGCUGAUUGCCCACCGCGUGGGCAUCCGUGUGUUUGCCACCGGAGGAAUUGGCGGCGUUCAUCGGGAUGGUCAGGAAACCUUUGACAUUUCCGCCGAUCUCACCGAGCUGGGACGCACGCCCGUGGCCGUCGUCUGCAGCGGCGUCAAGUCCAUCCUGGACAUCCCGCGCACCCUGGAGUACCUGGAAACGCAGGGCGUGUGCGUGGCCAGCUACGCGAGUCCCGGCGGCGUCUUUCCGGAUUUCUACACGCGUGACAGUGGAUGUAGGGUGCCCUAUAACCUCCAGAGUGCCCAGGAGGCGGCGGAACUCUUACGCUCCUGGCGGGAACUGAAAAUGGAGUCGGGUCUGCUGAUAGGAGUUCCCAUUCCCGAGGAGUUUGCCGCCGAUAAAGCGAAGAUAGAGGAGGCCAUCCAGGUGGCGAGUGCCCAGGCCAAAGAACAGGGCAUCUCCGGCAAGGAGGUGACUCCUUUCCUGCUCGCCGCCAUUGCCAAGAUCACCGAGGGCAGGAGCCUCCAGUCCAACAUAGCUUUGAUCAAGAACAAUGCCAAAGUGGCGGCCCAAAUUGCCGCUUCACUUAGUGAACAGUCCACAAAAACAGAGAAUUUAGAACAAAAGAGGAUCGAUAAAAAACCCCUCGUUGUGGGAGCCUCCAUUCUAGAUCUCUCCUUCACCGUGGACGACCAGAAGCGCGACAUGAAGCUGGAUGGGGCCACCUAUUCCGCGGUGGCCAAACAGGCGGCCGGCGGAGUGGGUCGCAACAUCGCCGAGGGCAUCUACAAGCUGUACGGCGACGUGAACCUCAUCUCCGCCGUGGGCAACGACCAGAUGGGACAGACGCUGCUCCAGCUGAUGCCCAAAGCCCUGCAGCGGGGCCUCAUCCUGGCCGACAGCCACAGCACCUCGCUGUGCUCGCUGAUCUUCGACAAGUUCGGCGACUGCAAGCUCAUCCUGGGCAACAUGGAGAUCCACCAGAGCAUCACGCCCGAAACCCUGCAGGCGCACCACCAACUCUUCCGCGAGGCGCCGCUCAUCGUCAUGGACAGCAACAUCUCGGAGCAGGCGAUGGCCAGCAUCCUGCAGCAGGCGCAAAAGUACAAGAUUCCCGUGUUUUUCGAGCCCACCGAUAUGUUUAUAGCGGGUAAACCGUUUAAACUGCUGCCGGAGCUCACGAAAAACAUACGGCUGAUUAAGCCCAAUCUCCAGGAGCUCAAGACCAUCACGGAAGCUAUUACGGGGGAACAUAUCAAGUGGAAUCCGGAUACCAAGCUCCCGCAGUCGGAACUCCUCCAGCAGGCGAAGGGAAUGAUCAAGAAAAUCGACUGCCACUUCAACUGCAUCAUUGCCACGCUGAGUGACCACGGCGUGCUCCUCAGCUAUCGCCGGGAUGCGGAAAACGAUGCGAGGCUCCUCCUAGACGUGGGCAAAUCCUCGGUGCCCCACUGCACCCGCUUCUAUGCCGCUCCCAUGGUCCACAACAUUGUGAAUGUCUCGGGAGCGGGCGAUAGUUUCUGUGCGGGAUUCAUCACCGCUUUGCUGCGCGGUUGCAGCUUGGAUGAGUGUGUCGCCGGAGGAUUUGUGGCCGCCGAGAAGGCCCUGCAAUCCGAGUCCGCCGUGCCCACUUCAUACUACUCAAAUCAGGAGUCCUUUGAGAGUCGCUACAAGCAAACUGCCAAGAUCAUCCAGCAGCAGAGCAUUUAGAUU